GCAUCGGUUGAUGGGAAUUCUAAAGGAAUAUGUCGCUUCUCCCGCCCUAUCCAAACCCUCAUCGACUACCUAUCAUUCUUAUUCUAUAUUUCAAGCUUCGAGUAUUCUUGAUUGUUAUGAUAGCGAAUUAGAAGAUCAUUUCUGUAGAAUUUUGGUGAUAGGAAAAUUUGUGCGUUAUUUAUAG